UCGAGACGAUCUCACGUCAUCACUGUAAAUAAAUGUCUAGCAAUAAGAAAUAGUAAAACCAGUGUACGGAAUAAAUUGUGAUUGAACCAAUGAAAAAGACGCCGGACGUCUCCAUAUGCGCAACACUGCAGUAUUCUGAAGGCUAAUCCAAGUGAAAAUAAACUAUAAGGAUAAAGUUCAUAGUUCUUAGAUAGAAUUUUCUAACAACAAUGGAUUCUCCAGUGUUAGAUCCAGAAAUUCCAUAUGUAGGUGAAGUCCCUGGAGGUCUUUUUCCAGGAAAGAUGGUUAAAAUUCAAGGAUCAAUACCUCCAAAUGCUGUACGAUUUGCAAUUAAUUACCAACUAGGUCCUAACCUGAAUCCACGGGAUGACAUCGCUCUUCAUCUAUCCCCACGUUUUCCAGAGGGAUUUAUUACUAGAAAUCAUAUCAAAUCAAUGUCUUGGGGUCCUGAGGAAAAUGGAGGAUCAAUGUGGAUUCAGCCUGGACAAGAUUUUGAAAUUAUAAUACUCUGUGAACCGCUACAGUACAAAAUUGCUAUCAAUGGCAGACACUUUACUGAAUUUGCCCAUCGAUUGUCUUAUCACAAAGUCACUCAUCUCACUAUUGAUGGAGAUGUGACGAUUAAAUCUAUUUUAUUUGAAUCUCUCAGUGCUCCGCCAUCAAAGCCUCCUAGAGUUCCUGAUGCUCCGCCUGUCAAUAUUGGGCCUCCAGGGCCAGGACAGCUGUACCCCAAUAUUAAUCCUGAUCAGCCACAAUUUCCACCUGCUGGAGGUAACUGGGGCCCACCACCUGGACCUACUCCUCCAAUGCCAGCCUAUGGGGGAAAUUGGCAACCUGGGAAUCCACCACAAGCUUAUAAACAAGAAGAAGAUGAUGCUUUUGGUAGUUGUUUAGACAAAGUUGGGCUUGCUGUUGGUGGAUUAAUUGCUGCUGGAGGUGUUGCCGCUGCGAUGCACGCAAUUAAUAAAAAGAAGAAUGAAAGUGAGACAGAUCAUGAGAAAUCAGAACACGAAAAAACUCAUUCAUCAAAAACCGAAAGUGAAGGAGGCUUAAAUUUAGGAGCCCUUGGAGCAGCAUUAGCAAGUGGUCUAGCAUCCACUGCUCUUCGUGGUGAUUCUGGACUUGGUCAUCAACAAGGAUAUCCUGCGCAAGAUGCUGGAGCUGGUGGAAUGCUUGGAUCGCUUCUUGGAGCUCUUGGCGGUGGAGGUCAUCAACCAGCACCUCAACAACCAGCUGAUCCUCUUGGUGGAUCGCUCGGAUCUAUUCUCGGUGGAGUUUUUGGUGGCGGAGGACAUCAACCUUCCGGGGGCUACCAACCCUCAGGUGGUUAUCAACAAUCAGGCGGCUAUGGAGGCUCUCAACCACAACAAGGAUCAGGAGAUUUUCUAAGUGGAAUUGGAGGUGCUAUCGGAUCAUCUUUACUUAGUUCGGCUUUAGAUGGACUUACGAAGAACAAAUCUCAUGGCAAUGAUCAUCCAUCGUCGCCUCCUCCACCAUCGUACAACUAUGGUCCUCCAAGAAGUGACCCACCACCUCAACCAGCUCCACGUCCACAUGACUCAGCAUCUUCAGAUGGUGGAAAAUUAACUGCUGCUGAUAUAUCAAAAGGUCUUGGGCUAGGAGAUGAUGAUGAGUAACUUUAAUUUAGUUACGAUCAAACUUCCAUUUAUAUUUAUAGACUAUUUAUAAUAUAUCCAAGUUAAAUUCAUUGGAUCAGAAUCAAAUUAAUAGCAUAAUGCAUUCGAAAUAUGAAUUUUAAUCAUUAAAUUAUUUAUUCAAAGAAGAAUUUUGAUCUAGAUAGGAAAAUUUGUGAAAUCUUAAGGAUAUGUUUAACAGAGUCAUAAGCUUAAAAGUUGAAAUAGAAUGUUUUCAAUGGAUACAGCUCUUAGAAGCUUAUUUGCUUGAUCCUCAAUCGUUAUUGUAUGUAUUAUUGUUGUUGUUUAUUUUUUAUUAAAUUGUUAUUAGUUAGUAACUAUUAUUGAUAUUUAAAAAUAGUUUAAUCAAUACGUUGUUGAAAAGAGGAAAAAUCUAUAAUUCUUAAUAUAAAACAUGCGCUAUACACAUUUUUUUUAUUGAAGUUUUUUUUUUCAAUCGUUUCAUAGAAACGACUAUUAAAUCAAAUUUUUAUUUAAAAUAUAUUUGGAGUUAAUACAAUAGUAAUUGGGGAUUAAAUACGUACCUAUAUUUAUUUUUAUAAGUAUUGUUGUGGCCUUAUAAUACAUUUUGCGAAAAUAUAUUUUUAGAAAACAACAUAUAGUUUAUUUAGAAAUAUAUUUACAAACUUAUGAAAGAUGUUUGAAAAAAGAAGAAAUAACACAAUUAUAAAUAUAAAAUCUUUAUAAAAUAUAAUACAAAUAUAUCAGUUAUAUUAAUAAAUCUCUAAUAAACAACCAAAAUAAUUAAUCGCUCAGAGCUUCUCUCGACGAAGUUGUUUCCAAAACAAAGCCUUCUUUGGUCUAAAAAAAAAAUUAUAAAAAAAUAAAUUUCAAGGCUAUAAUAUUGAAUAGUAAAAGAA